AUGGCUACAAGUUCGGCCAUCCGUCUCCUGGCCCUCCGGCCGGCUGUCCACGGUUUAGGAAAAUUGUUCCUUUUUGCUCUCGCACAACUACCUCUCAUCGCCGGCGCUCCGACCGUUCCUUACCUCAAACGCUCCGAAGAAGUCCACGCAUUAUCCCCCAGCGAUCCGAGUCUAUGGCUGUAUCUCGGUGUGGCCGCCGCGCUCGUCUUGACCGGCGGCGCAUUUGCCGGUCUGACCAUCGCCUUGAUGGGCCAGGAUGAGGUCUAUCUACAGGUCAUUCAGACGUCCGGUGAAGGCGCAGAGCGAAAAAAUGCAGCCAGCGUGUUGAAAUUGCUAAAACGGGGGAAACACUGGGUUCUAGUGACUCUCCUGCUCAGUAACGUCAUCACCAACGAGACCCUCCCCAUCAUUCUGGACCGAUCGCUUGGCGGGGGGUGGCCUGCGGUUCUCGGCAGUACAGUCCUCAUUGUGAUUUUCGGCGAGAUCGUCCCCCAGUCCAUCUGCGUUCGGUAUGGCCUUCCCAUCGGUGCUUGGAUGGCCCCUUGUGUUCUGGCCUUGAUGUACCUAAUGUCACCCGUGGCGUGGCCCGUCGCCAAAUUACUCGACCGCCUGUUGGGUGAGGAUCACGGUACUAUCUACAAAAAGGCGGGUCUGAAGACCCUGGUAACGCUCCAUAAGACUCUGGGAGAAGCGGGCGAGCAGCUCAACUCCGAUGAAGUCACCAUCAUCAGUGCUGUCUUGGAUCUGAAGGAUAAGGCUGUUGGUGCCAUCAUGACUCCGAUGGAGGAUGUUUUCACCAUGUCUGCCGAUACCGUCCUCGAUGAAGAGACGAUGGAUUUGAUCCUCUCCCAGGGAUAUUCCCGCAUACCCAUCCAUGCUCCGGAUAGCCCCCUCAACUUUGUCGGCAUGCUUCUCGUCAAAAUGUUGAUCACUUACGAUCCCGAAGAUUGCAAACGGGUCCGCGACUUCGCCUUGGCCACGCUCCCCGAGACCCGCCCCGAAACCAGCUGCUUGGAUAUCGUCAACUUCUUCCAGGAGGGUAAAUCUCACAUGGUACUGGUUUCGGAAUACCCCGGCGAGGACCGAGGCGCCUUGGGCGUGAUUACACUAGAGGAUGUGAUUGAGGAACUGAUCGGCGAGGAAAUUAUCGAUGAAUCGGAUGUUUUCGUUGAUGUUCACAAAGCCAUUCGGCGUAUGACACCUGCUCCGAAAUCCCGCGUGCCCAAGGGUAGAAUAGUGGAAGAUCCACCCAUGCUGUCGAGUCUGCCCGCUCAAGGUACCUUGGUCGACAUCGGGGCUGAAGGUCGGGGACGAAGACAGUCGGAGGGACGACGAAGCUCGGUGGAAGCCCCAUUACCACGGUUCCAGCUCCGUAGGCAACAGUUGGACAAAGGCGCGGAUUCGCCCGAAUGGGUCACUCAAAGGGGCACCACGGAUGAGAUUCGCGAACAUUUGAAGCAUCUUGGGCCUUCCAAUUUGGCCAGUCGGCCCCGUCACACCCGGUAUCAGAGCGUGAAGAUAAAGCGAGCCGGUGGUUCACCGACUCGGUCGGGACAGACGGAUGACGAUUCGGCCCUGAGCACUUCCGGGUCUGGACAUCGUCGUGCCUCUUCGCUCGGCUUACCUGGUACCAGUGGUGGCAUUGGUGCCGGGCUACUCCAAUCAGGCGGCUUGGACGCUCGUGAUGGCGCGCAUGCACUACGUCUCGGAUACGACACCAUGUCGCACCCCCCAGCAACGGACACCGCAACUCAGACGAAGGAUGGGUCAGCGAUCUCCAUCCCGGAAGCCGUCCGUGAAGAGCAGGAUGAAUAUGGACGCUCUGCUGGGUCAAGUGCAGCGAUUAGCAUUUGGUCAUCCGACUCACGGUCCCGAGACCGCCUAAAGCCGGCCAGUUAUCAACACCAAGGACCCGCCCGGAGUGGCAGUAUCACCGAGCAGGUGGUCGAUGUCAACGGAAUCCGUAAAGUGGUCCUGCACACGACGAGCACGAGUUCCUCCGACGAUGAAUAUGGAGGCAAAUUCCCAGUGCGCCAAGAUGGACAGGUCCAUGACCUUAAUAAUGAUACCGAGAUGACGAAUACCAAUGGACAGAAGAAACGCCGUCGGCGACACAAGCGGGGCAAAGCUUCGAAGGGAUCGCGAGAUGAUCAAGAAGAAUCGGCGCUUCUGUUGCCACAAUGA